AUGGACCGAGAAACACGUAAAACAAAUUUAAAAAAACUUCGGUUGUCGGGUAUUACGCAUAUCGGAGAAUGCGGAAACGGUAGUUUACGGAAAACUCGGUCGGUCAACGCGACUAUAUCAAAAUAUUUCAAAGACCCUAUAAUUGAAUCUUAUUAUGAAAGAAAUAACGAAGUAAUAAACGGUGAUGAUGUCUAUUCAGCUUGCUCAAGUUCCACUAAUUCAAACCCUACUGAUAAUUGCGUUGAGAAGUCGAAAAUCGAUUCUAUCAGUAAUUUAAACAUUAUACAGCCACAUAACAUUGGUACAUACGAAGAGAAGGAUUUAGAAGCAUUUGUUCAUAAGAAAAACAGAAAGCGAACUAGCCUAACAGAUUUUGUUCUCAACGAGGGGGAAAACACAAAAAAGUAUUUAAAGAAAAGAAUUUCUGAUAAAAACAUUGAAGACGAAUUCGAAACCCCAGUGAAGGAAGCUAAGAAAGCAAGUAAAUUGCGACGGCCAAGGAAAACAUCCAGGCAGUCAAAAUUGCCUAUUAAAAAUCUCCAACCGGACAUUAAAAGUUCGCUUCUGCGAAGUGAAAACCUUUUCUCAAACAUUACUUCACAGCAGUGUAGAAUUGAAAACUUCAGUGCUGAUGAAAUACAACUUGCAUUAGCAUUAUCUAAAUCCCAAAUAGAAACUAGUGGCGUUGUCUGUUUAAAUCCAGAAGAGGACGUAGUUGAUCAGCACGGUAAAAAAAAGGACGAUAAUUCGAUAGGAAAUAUUCAAAAUAUAUUACAGCAAUAUGGAUUCCGAGCUGUUUCUACAGAAGAUUAUAAGAGUUUAAAGUCUGUGUUUGUUCCUGGUGCGAAUCGGCGAACUAAAACUAAGUGGGCCAACAAGUUCACCGCGUUAACGUUGCGUGACCCCGAAUUUCAAACGAAAAAAGUAAUGUCCAAAAUAGAUUCUUUAAUAGCCCAGCAAUUAGAUUUUAAACGCAUAGAUGUAUCCGAAAACUUGUCUGCAACAUAUUCAUUACUGAGUGGUGAGCUACAGAAAUUGAAUGCCACCAAAGCCAUGAUCAAUGGACUUGAGGCUAACGAAAAAAUAAAUUCUGAGGAGUUUUACGUAAAAAAUCUUUUUGAAGACGCUCGCGUACAAGCUGGUUAUUUGUUGAAAAACUGGAACUCGAUACAGGGCCGUGAUUUGUCGCCUCAAAGAGAUCAUGAAAGCCAAAUUAAGAAUACUGAAAAGCAAAUGAAUCUAAUAUAUAUGAAGUUGGAAAACCACUUUGUUUUGAAAGAAAUCAAAGGAUCAAAAUCAAAUCAAUAUGAAAACGGAAUAUUCGUGGAAAAUUGUACUAUAAACGACAGUAAAAAAAUGAUAAUUGAUUCUAGUUGUAAUGCUACCUUGAUUACACCACAAACAUUUACUAAUUUAGAACAAUUAGUCAGCCUUGACCAAGAUAGCUAUAAAAACUAUAUAAAAAAUUCAACAUCAAUUAAAGAAGAAAGCUCGGUAACCGUGGAAGCACCUGCGACUGAGUCCUAUAUCUGGAAAGAUCUGCUCAAUAAAAGUUCACCGCGGGUGGAUAACCUUAACUCAACUACUUGCAGUACAUCGCAAAGUGUCCCAAGAAAUUGUCCACGAACGCACAUCAGAAAUCGUGCGCUGUCUCCAAAUAUAUUUGCCAGCUCUGAAGAUGAGUCAGCAGAAACUAUUAAUAUAAUAACCACCACAGAUAAUCAUCAAAAAGCGCCUAAUACAAACAAUGAAGUUUCAUCUGAUAUGACGACAUCGUAUGAUGCAAUCGUUUCCAAAAGUGUUAAAUCACCAAGAGUUACGUCAGAGAUAAUUGAUUUGACUCAAGUAGUAUCUUCAGAGCAACCAAUUAUGACUUCUGAUAUACAGUCAAAAGUUUUCCAAGAUAUUAAAACAACAGGAAAUGAAACACUUAUUAAUAAUUUCCAAGUAUUUGAAAGGUCGAAUAUGAUCGAAAGAAGUGUUGACCCAUAUGAACUCAAAACACAUUCAAUGAUGGAAAUAAAUUUACCAAAAUCAUCUGCGAAUCGAAAAAAUAUGGAACAAUUUGUUGACGGGACCAAUACGCGCACUAAGAAAUUUACUCUAUCCCCAGAUGAUUCAAAACAACUUAAAUCAUCUUCAUGGAAUGGCAGGAAAACUGCUUCAUUCACAUGUAUUGCAGAGAACAUAAGUAAAUCGUUAAGUGCUGGUACCGAAUCCAGUAACGAUAACAUUCAUAAUGAGGAAAAUUAUUGUUGUGAAGAUAGCAUUGUUUUGUCAGAUGAUGAAAUUAAUUACUCCAUUUGGAAAGCAGAUAUGAGUAGAAACACGGGGAAGUUAAUAAGUGAUGAUAAGGAAUUCGAAGCAAUGAGUGGUACAAAAGACUCUAAAAAUUCGUAUGAAUAUUCUAUACUAGAUUUAGUGGAAUGCGGUAAUUUUAUGAAGAAUAAUACAAAUAAAAUAAGUGGGUCCAAUACAAAUUCACUUACAUCAGAAGAUUUUGAACAUUUGCCCUGUAAUUUACCAUAUGCAUCCAGAAAAACUGACCCAUCUAAUGAACUACUUGAGUUUGGCAUUUUAGAUAAUAAAUCUGAGCAGUUUACCCAAAAUCCGGAGAUUCUCAUAACUCCCAAAAAAGAGUCAAAAUUAAACGGUAGUUUAACACCAACUCCAACUACACCAGUUGGGUUGGAUAAAUUGCUAACAAGAGAUAUACGUUUCAACAAGACGGAACAAAGAAGUCCUACUCAAAUUUAUUCACACACACCGUCAUUUAAUUCGUGCGAUUCUUCCUCAGAUGAAUAUGUAAUAGCAAAUCGAGUAUAUAAGACUCGUAUUGUCACGGGUCAAAAACCAGACUUUGUGCAUCAAACUGAAGCGGAAAUACUGAAGCAACUUUAUGGAUUUGGUAUAAAACCAUUAAAACGAAAACAAGCUGUAAAGAUGUUAGAGUAUAUUUACAACUCAACACAUCCUUUGUUACUUCCACAAACCAAUGAUUUCAGCACAGAUUCCAAAGUUGAAGAUGGCCCAAAGCCUGCAAUCGACGAAGUUCCUGACUCAAAUAUAUUUGAACCUUCGCGGUGUAUUGUUCCAUCGUACAAUAAAUUGCAAUUAAAGGAUUGCCUGGGUAAUGAUAUGCUGCGAUUUACUAACGAAUUGCAAAUCGAUUUUGAAUAUGAGGACUACGUGUUUCAGACAAACAUAACUAAGAGAACAUCUAGACCGCUGUUGCCGCUACAUAUCGCCUGGUAUAACCUUGUGUCCUCCAGUACCAUAUUGCAUGAAAUGAUUUUGAUGUAUAUACCUAUUGAUUUGCAUGAAGUUUAUGCCUUCUUUAAGCAUCUUGGCUACCGUUUCGAACCCAAGGACAUGAAGGUAUUCCUCGACAGGCGUUGUAUAAUUUUCCGUUACGAUAUGGCACAUCCAGGCCGUCAGAGUGAACGUCACAUCCGAAAAAAUAAAAAUAAAACUAAACAUUGUAGCAUGUGAUUAGAAAAUAAAAAUUUUGUUACACUAUAAGUAA